AGAUUCAGCUCAUCCCCACCCAACAGCUCCAAGGCAAUACCCAAACCACUCAGGGUCAGGCUCAGGUGGUACAGACACAAAGUGCCACAUCCCAAGGACAGCAACAGCAGACACAACCGGAACAAACACAGCAACAAGCUCAGCAGAUCCAAAUUGUACAACCCCAGCAAGUUCAGACAACAAACCAACAGGGUCAGCCGGUGCAACAUAUCAUUGUCCAGCAACCACAGAGCAACUCACAACAACAGCAACAACCACAGCAACAACAACAGCAACAAGGGCAGAUACAGUUGCAGCAGUUGAUAACUGCAGAUGGACAGACAAUCUACUACCAGCCAGUCGUUGCAGGGGAUAACCAGGUCACUCUAUCAAGUGGUCAAUUACAAGGAAGCAGUAGCAGUAAUGGCGGUGCUGGGGAUAACAAUGGGGUCAUGCAGUUACAGACAACUAACCAAGUCCAACCGGCUACAGGAAGUACAGCUGCAAGUACAGCUGGAGGUAAUCAGAUUCUCCAAGUAGCAAACAAUGGUACAGACAACAGCAUCGUUAUGAUGAUACCAGGCAGUGGGGGUGUUCCCACCAUGCAGAGAAUUCCUCUACCAGGAGCAGAGCUUCUCGAAGAAGAGCCCUUGUAUGUGAAUGCCAAGCAGUAUCAUCGGAUCUUGAAGAGGAGACAAGCUAGAGCAAAGCUUGAAGCUGAAGGAAGGAUUCCAAAAGAAAGAAGGAAAUACCUUCACGAGUCUCGUCACAACCACGCCAUGAACAGGAUCCGUGGUGAGGGCGGUAGAUUCAACUCCGGCGAAGGCGAAGACCUCAACUCGUCGUCUGCCUCCUUAUCAAAACAGCAGCUUCAGCAACAACAGCAGUUACCCACCAUGGUGCAGCUACCACAGGGGAUGACCCUAACAGCGGGCGCAGAUGGACAGGUAAGCCAAGAAGGGAUGAUUCACCUCAGCAUGCUGACAGGAGUUAACGCGUCCACCGCAUCACAGGUUCUGAUUGGUCAAGGCAACGCCGUCACGACAUUAUCAUCUAAUGGCGUCAGAGGGGUGUCACAAUAGUAUGCUGUCGGACCUCAGCCAAUACGGACAACUAGAAUAGAACUCCAAGGCCAUAGGGUGCAGGAGAGGAGGGAAGGUCAUGUUGGAAUUUCUGAGAAAUUUUUGCCAUUUUCAGAGAACUUUGGUUUUAGGAAAGCUAGAACUCGGAACUUUGGAUCAGAUGUUUCCAAGGCCCAAGAGUGCAAAGGGAAAGACCAAGUGGGAAACCUGUGAAGUUGUGAGAUUUUCUGAGAAUGCAGGAGAUGGUUAAUGCUUCCAUCUCAUCACAAGUUCUGGGCUCCGUGACACAAAGGUUUGCGAUGAAUUGUAAGUAUGAAAGAACCGCUUUGAUUGGUCCCUGGUCAGUAUUUUAAACCUAAA